GUUUAAGUUCCGGUAUGGCUUCGUUUUGCAGAAAGUCAAUUUCUCUCUUUUUUGAGUAUGAUACGCCUAAAAUAGUUCAUAUUAGAAGUAAAAAAGUAGGAGUAAUCAAUCGACUCAUACAGUUGGCUAUAAUAGGAUACAUAAUUGGAUGGGCGAUAGUAUGGAAAAAGGGAUACCAAGAGACAGAUUCUGUGGAAAGUGGCGUCACAACAAAACUGAAAGGAGUGGCGUAUACAAAUUCAUCACUUUAUAACAUUACAAACAAUUCUAGUGGGAUAUUUGAUAGAAUUUGGGAUGUUGCUGAUUAUGUGAAUCCACCACAGGAGAACAAUGCCUUCUUUGUCAUGACAAACAUGGUCAUCACUCCAAGCCAGGCCCAAGGAGAAUGUCCUGAGGAUCCAAGUAUGGGUGUGCUCUGUGAUGGUCCACAAAACUGCUCAGCUGGCGAUCCUGUUAUUAAUGGAAAUGGUGUUAUGACUGGUGCUUGUAGUGACCCCUAUUUCUCGCCAGUGACAAACUCUACAGUUAAGUCAUGUAUCAUAAAAGCUUGGUGCCCAGUGGAAAUAGACCUUCUUCCUGUGCCUGAAAAAGCAAUCUUAGCAGAAUCAAAAGAUUUCACAGUUCUCAUUAAGAACAACAUACAGUUUCCAUUAUUUAAAGUCAAAAGGAGGAAUAUUCCAGAGGCAUAUAACAAUGACACAUAUCUUAAAAGAUGUCGCUGGAAUGCAGAAAAGGACCCAUAUUGUCCCAUAUUUACACUGGAGUCAAUGACAGAUGCUGCUGGGGAAAACUAUGAGGAAAUGGCAGUUAAGGGAGGUGUUAUGAACAUUAUCAUCAGGUGGGACUGUAACCUUGACUAUGACCCAAGUGAAUGUGUGCCUAAAUAUGAGUUCAGACGCCUGGAUGAUAAAGAUGCUAAAAUAUCCAAGGGAUGGAAUUUCAGAUAUGCUUAUUACUAUGAAGAUACAAAGCAAAAGACACAACGUACGUUAGUGAAGGCUUAUGGGAUACGAUGGAUUAUCAGCGUCCAUGGAACUGCGGGAAAGUUUAAUUUUGUUCCACUUUUGCUCAACUUUGGUAGUGGUAUCGCCCUCCUAUCAUUAGCCACAAUUGUCUGUGAUAUAAUUACACUCUAUGUACUUAAGAUGGGAACAUUCUACAAAGAGAAGAAAUAUUUCAACGUGACUGGAGAUGAUGCCUUUGAAUAUGAGGCUCUACCUGAUCAUGAUGAUGAUGAAUCAUCAUCGGGGACAAAGGCAGUCCAGAGGAAACCUGUCAACUCCAGCGCAAGUAAUUAUGGUACCACUGGGGAGGGAGCUCAAUGACUAGAAGGCUCCACAACGAAGAAAUCAAAGUCAGAAAAACCUGUGUGAUUCCAACAAUUCUGAAUUUAGACAUUCCAACAUUUUCAAAAUGUCCAUCAAUGGGAGAAAUUUUACUCAUGGGUAGUUUUUUGGACGACUUGAAAUCUUUUUCCAUUAUUGAUUGUGUGUGGAACAAAAGGAUUUUAUAUAAGACUAUAGAAAAUUUGCAGUUUAAGAUUGCGGCAAUAAUUUGUACUUCCAAGUGCCAUGAACUUAAGUGAUAUACAUGAAUAGUGACAUACAUGUACUUAUACAGUAACACAUACUGUUAGUCAACUUAAUUUGCUGACCGAUUAGAUUAUAAGCGAAUUUGGUUAAUUGCAAAAAUUUGCAAAUUCAAGUCUUUGCCAAUUUUUCAAUGAUUUAUCUUUAAAAUGAUAU